AUGGAGAGCAGAAAGUACCUGAUGGCUCAGCGACCCACCAAACGCAAGCGACUGUCUCGCCACCAGUCCGAGCAGUUCGCCAAGCACCAGGAACGGAAGCCCGCCUCGAUAGUCGAUGCCUUGAACAGCGAUCCAGUUCGGAAGCGCAUCCUCCGACUACUCGAUGUCACGGAUCUGCUGAAGCUCUGCCAGACGUCAUUUUCGAUCCGCUACAAGAUCCAGUCGACGCACUGGAACAUCAACACCAAGCUGAGCCGCUUCUUUGAUGACCCACGAGCCUUGAGGAGCCAACUCGGACGCCACGAUGCUCUGAUCGCUGGCAGCUUCGCCCUACAGUUCCUUGCUGGCGUGGAGUGGCUCGGUUCUGACUGUGACAUCCUGGUAAAGGAGGGCAAGCGCCUUGAAUCGUUGUCUCGUUAUCUCAUCUCGAAGGAGAGAUACAAGCCCGACCCGCCGCCCGUCUAUCAAACUCCAAAGGACGCCGAGCGCGCUAUGUGGGGAAAGUGUCACAAAUUCCACAGAAGAGAUGGCACAGAGGUUCAGCUGAUUGAAUGCCUAGCCAACCCGGUAUGGGCCAUCGUUGAAGGAUACUACACUUCAGCUGUCUACAACCUCAUCUCGUGGAACAAGGUCAUCUCGAUUUUCACUAGAACGACGUUUGUCCUUCGCGAGACUGUCCCGAUGUACAGAGUUGACGACUACUUUACGCGGCUGCACGUCAAAUACAGCCAAAAAGGGUGGCCGAUGAGAACGCGAUCACCGUACGUGACUCCUGAGUCUUUUGCGCCACCGGGCUAUUGGACCGAAUUUGGCCCCGACGUGUGUCCGAGACGGGUGGGAGACCGCGUGUCUUGGAAGAUGUCUCUUGAUACGACGGGCGUUGUGAAACCCAGCACACCCGAUUUCGUCCUUGAGAGCUCAUGUUUCGACGUGCAUCCACCAACGGGUAGAACGUCGAGCGUCCUGGAGAGUGAUCUACAUUACUAUGUGGAAGAAACCAACCGCUAUAGAUCGCCAGCCCUUCGAUACAAUUACGUUCGCGGAAGCCUGUUCCCAUUCGAGAUUGGAGGGCUCUUGACUCGCUCGAUCCUUGCCCAGUAUGACAAAUUGGAACCUUCUGACGACAGGGAUUGUUGGUACAAAGGCUGUCGUGACCAAAAAAUGGAGGAACGAACACUGGCCAAGCUUAUUGAAACCAGAGCGAUCUUUCAUAUUGAUUCCAGUCGCAUUGCAGGAUGGGACUUUCAAGAUGAUCUGAUUCGUCAAUACUUCAUCGACCAGGACGAGAAGGACAGAUCCAACCGAAGACUCAAGAGAGAUCUUGCUAUCGACUGGGGUCAAUCUGAGAACGAGGUCAUGAAAGACACUUGA